AUGCCGCUUCCCGAUACCAUGUUCUGCGCGCAGCAGAUCCGCAUUCCCCCGGAGCUGCCGGACAUCCUGAAGCAGUUCACCAAGGCUGCGAUCCGCACCCAGCCCGCCGACGUGCUGCAGUGGUCCGCGGGGUAUUUUUCAGCUUUGUCUAGAGGAGAUCCACUUCCUGUCAAGGACAGAAUCGAGAUGCCCGUGGCCACUCAGAAAACAGACACAGGCCUGACUCAAGGACUCCUGAAAGUUUUGCACAAGCAGUGUGGCCACAAGCAGUAUGUGGAAUUAGCAGAUCUUGAGCAGAAAUGGAAAACUUUGUGCCUGCCAAUAGAGAACUUCAGAGCGUUGUUGCAAUUGGAUCCUUGCGAAGACAAAAUGGAGUGGAUAAAAUUUUUAGCGCUUGGAUGUAGCAUGCUUGGUGGGUCACUGAACAGUUCGAUGAAGCACCUGUGUGAGAUCCUCACCGUGGACCCCGAGGGCGGGCCUGCGCGCAUCCCGUUUGAGACGUUCUCCUACGUCUACCGUUACUUGUCCAAAAUGGACUCGGACAUCCCUGAAGUGGACACGGAAUCCUAUCUCGCCACUUUAAAGGACACUGUAGAAUCUAGAAAGAAUGGCAUGAUAGGACUUUCAGAUUUCUUCGUUCUGACGAGGAAAGUUUAG